CCGUCUCACUUCGUCGCCCUCCGCUGACGAAAAGAGUGCACCGCUUCCGCCGAGGCAGACGAUAUUUGGAACUUUAUGAAAGAAUGUCAUUAAUUGUUCCUUCUGAAGUCUUGGACUAUAUUCCUGGUAGUAAAUGCCGACAUACUAAAGAUUCAUGCGACUGCCGAAAUUUGAGGCAAAACUCCUGAUGACUUGACGCACAUUUUUUUUUAAGAGGAAGACAUUCUUGAGAAUUACAAUGAUGUGGGCCAAACGAAACGAAGAUUCUCAAUCUGUGAACUCCAUCCGCUGGACAUCGAAACCCGAUGAAGACACUACCUCUGUGAAAUCCGUCCAGAAGGAACCGAAAAAGGAAUCUGGUUUCAAACCGGACGAAGAAAACCUCGAAGUGAGCAAUGUAAUCGGCGGUUACGGGCCCUGGCAGAGAGACAUUUUUGUAUUAUUAUUCCUUGCAUCCAUUCCAUCCGCAUGGCAUAACCUUCAAAUGACAUUUAUGGCACCUAGCGGAGUAGAAUUCUGGUGUGCUAGGCCAGACCACUUACUUCAGGUGGAAGUCGAAGAGUGGCGGAAUUUCAGUGCGCCGCCUCCGGAUCUAGGGCUGGACAGUCGAUGUUACACAAAACCAUACUGGCGCCUUCCGGACAACGCCAGCCUGGUCGAAAGCGACAUACUGAAGUGCACUUCUUGGGAGUACAACAGCACAUUCUAUCAGUCUACCAUUAUAGAUGAGUGGGAUUUGGUCUGUGACAGAGAUUGGUUAAUAUCUUUCUCAAUGUCCAUAUACAAUGUAGGUUACCUCAUUGCUGUGCUGGUCUUUGGACAACUCUCAGAUAGCAUUGGACGAAAGCCUACAUUGGUUUUUUCUUACGUGAUGAACGUAUCCGCUGGACUGCUAUCAGCAUUUGCGCCAUCUUUUCCUAUGUUUGCCAUUUUGAGAUUUUUUACCGCAGUUGGUGGAGCUGGAUUCUAUACUGUUUCUUUCGUUAUACUGAUGGAAAUGGUGAGUCCUCGUUUUCGAUCCAUGGUUGGCGUGGCUAUUAACUUCGGCUGGUGCUUAGCCUUCAUCAGUUUGCCUGCAGUUGCUUGGAUCAUCAGAGACUGGUUUUGGUUGCAACUGGCCUUAACCUUACCAAAGCUACUCUUCAUAUCAGUCUUCUGGGUGGUUCCCGAGUCACCCAGAUGGCUGUUGAUCCGCAAUCACCGAGAAGCCUUCAAGCAAGUGGUUUUGAAGGCGGCCAGGAAGAAUGGUGUUAACGAAUCCUAUGCCCAAGCAGAAGCUGAAAAGCUUCUCCUGCGUAGUGAUGAGUUGAGACCUGAAGCUGUGUCUUCGACGGUUUUCGAUCUCUUCAAGACACCAAGGCUGAGGAGAAACACUCUAGUCCUCUUCUAUAAUUGGUUAGUUAAUUCCUUCAUCUACUUCGGCCUCUCGUACAACACGGAGAAGCUGAGCCUGAAUCCCUACGUCAGUUUCUUCCUGUCGGGAGCGGUCGAAUUUCCAGCAUACCUCAUCACCAUGAAGGUCAUCGGUUCAUCUGGUAGAAGGAGACCCCUGGCCAUCGCCAUGAUGGUCGCUGGAAUAGCCUGUUUGCUUACUAUACCAGUUCCAUCUGAUAUGGUCGUCUUGAAAGCCUUCUUUCCCUUGGUGGGCAAAUUUUGCAUCACUGCAACCUUCGCUACGGGGUACGUGUAUUCAGCUGAAAUAUUUCCCACCGUCGUCCGGAACGUUGGAUUGGGAACUGGUUCUACAGUUGCCAGGAUUGGAUCCACACUAGCACCAUUCAUUCGAGAGUUGGGUUCCGGUACAUUCACAAGUCUUCCAGAUAUACUUUAUGCAGCUCUAUCUGUGUCGAGUGGUCUUUUGAUCUUUCUGCUACCAGAAACUAAUAAUCAGCCUUUUGCUGAUACACUCGAACAAGCAGAAAACAUCGGAAAAACACAAAAAGAAGCUGCUGAAGAUAAAGAAAAAAUUUAGAAAAAGGAAGAACUAUAUUUUGAUAAUAUUUCUCAAGGAAUAUUUUAUUGUCUUUUAUGCUUUGUAUAUUUCAUCAAGUGCCAAUUGAAUACCACAACAUUUCGCAGGCAUUUAGAAAUACGCGAACUUUGCUAAUUUAUUUCCUUUUGUACAGGAAGAACAUCAGUUUUUAGUACGAAAAUGUAGAUACGUGUUUAUGCUGAAUGGCAUGCAUGCUUUUGUAUGAUUUGAACAUAAUAAAGAUUGAA